UGCCUCUUCCUGAAAUCCCCCGUUCAUAUAAAUACAGGAAGUAGAAAUAAGAGAGGCUAAAAUCGGAUCUUCUUGGUAGUUUGCUUUCAUUUCAGUGCUUGUUUAGUCCUCUGCCCUCUGAUACUACUGAGCCUGAAGCUGGUUUUAAAAACAUCUUCCCCCUCACGCCCUUGAAAUACCAUUCUCAAUACAAAACCUGAGGAUGUGGAAGUUCUGCUCAGCAAUGGGAAGGAAUUGCUUUUCUGACCGAGGAACUCUCAAGCGACUGUGAUACAGAAAGUGACUUAAAGUUUGCUGUAAUGAUGAAAACAUCAGCAGGAGAGAAGGGAGCCAGGGAUGACUCAGGCCCUGUCAGAGAUCCCAGUGAAGAGGGGAAGGAGACACAUCUCUGUCAGGCCAUUGCUGUGCAGAAUUGCCUCCAGCUUCCAGGGAUCAGCAUCCUUGACAAACUCAUCAAGACGUGUCCUGUGUGGCUUCAGCUGAACAUGAGCCAGGAGAGGGCUGGGGCCAUCCUUGGCAAGGAAACUGCAGGGAUAUUCUUAGUUAGGAAAGAGGGUAAUGUGAACAACAUGGUCCUUGCAGUUCGCCUGCCAGUGCAGAACGAGGCUCCUGGUGUGCUGGAGUACAACAUUAAAGAAGAAAAAUCAAUUCUGUACCUGGAAGGAUCUGUCCUUGUAUUUGAGGAUAUUUUCAAACUGGUUGCCUUCUACUGUGUUAGCAGGGAUUUGCUGCCCUUUACUCUGAAGCUGCCACAAGCAAUAUUAGAAGCCAGUAGCUUUCAAGACCUUGAAAUUAUCUCUAGUCUGGGCAUAGAUUUCUGGGAUUCCUACUUAAACCACAGAAGACAGGACUUAUCCCACCCUGCAAAAGACUCUGCUUUCAGUACUGCCCAGGCAGACGGUUCAAGACCUACCCAAUGUUUUGCAAGUAGCACAAACCACUGCUCAUGUGAAAUUGAGCUGUCAAUAGGAAAUGACAGGCUGUGGUUUGUGAAUCCUAUUUUUAUAGAAGAGUGCAGUAAUCCUUGCCCUUCAGAUGUACCUUCUCCUAAAGGCCACUCUGGGAGCACUGAUCUCCCCCCUGCCACCAUGCUCACUGAAAGGAGAUCUCCUCGACGGCCUCCUCCCCCUCCACCUUCUCAGGCCCUCACUCAGAAGUCUUCCCUGAAGCUCCCACAGGACCCCAUGACUGCCAGGGAAGAAAACAAGCUACCUAUUGAGCCACUAGGAAAGAGCAUGGAGGCAAUGAAAAUUGCGGGCGGUGAGGAUAAAGCAGAAAGGAAGCAGAGCUGCUGGGGCAAUGAGCCCUCGGCAGUGAGCCCCAGCAAGGGCUCCCAGCCCUCUGCUCCCCCGCGGAGGCGGCUGAGCGAGAGGACCGCAGAGGAGAGCUGUGUGGGUAAUCCUGAGAGUUGUGAAACGCCAAAAGGGGAAGGGACAGAAGAAAGCCAAGAUACAAGUGCAGAGAGCAGAGAUAAAACCUUGCUGUGCAAAAAGGCUGUACAAAUGCCUGGAGAGGUUCCCAAAAGGGCUGUAUCACAGUUGCAGAAGACAAAGCCUGAACCUGCAGAGAAGAAGGAGGACAUGCCUAAGACACAAAGCUAUCCCACUGAGAAAGGAAAGUCACCUCCUAUCCCACCACCGAGAAGGAAGAGGGUUUCCCAGGCACCAGGGAUCCCCAGCUCCUGCCAGCCGAAGCAAAGAACGGUGGCAGAGAUGGCCGUGGCCACUGGGCAGGCUGUGUGCAGGGGCAGCCCAGCUACAGCGACAGGAGCUACCACCUGGACACACACCAAGACUGAAGCGGGACAUGGCCAAAAGUCUGUCAGCUCAGCUGAACUGGAAAGCUCCCGCUUGUCCCUGGAGGACCUGGGAGGCAGCACCGUGGCUCAGGCAUCAACAUCUGAGCCAGACUCCUACUCCACCAGCAGCACAGAGGAUGACCUGGAGAUACUGAGUAGUUCAUCUGGUAAAAAGACACGUUCUGUGAUCUUGGCCAAGGCAAAAAACAGACUGUCCUUGGUGAACCUGUCCAACGUCUUCACAGUCUUUUUGUCUAGUGACAGGAAGCUGCAGAAGAAGAUAGUGGAGCUGGCACAGGACAAGGAUUCAUACUUUGGCAACCUGGUGCGGGACUAUAGAGUGUACAGUUUAGAGAUGAUGGCAAAGCAGAGCUCCAGCACAGAGAUGCUACAAGAGAUCCGGCUGAUGAUGACACAGCUAAAGAGUUACUUGGUGCAGAGCACCGAGUUGAAAUCUCUGAUAGACCCAGCCUCCUACACUGAGGAACAAUUAGAAGUGAUUGCUGAGACAGCUUUGUACAAAUGUGUCCUGAAACCUUUAAAGGAAGCCAUUAAUUCUUCCUUAAAAGAAAUACACAACAAAGAUGGAUCUUUACAGCAGCUGAAAGAGAACCAACUUGUGAUACAAAACACAACUACCACUGACUUGGGCAUCACAACCAGUGUGCCUGAAACAGCUGUGCUGGAAAAGAUCCUUCACAAGUUCACAAGCAUGCACAAGACCUACUCUCCAGAAAAGAAAAUUGCCAUCUUGCUAAAGACCUGCAAACUCAUCUAUGAUUCCAUGGCUCAGGGAAAUCCAGGAAAGCCCUAUGGUGCAGAUGACUUCCUCCCUGUGCUCAUGUAUGUGUUGGCCCGCAGCAACUUGACUGAAGUCCUUCUGAAUGUGGAGUAUAUGAUGGAGCUCAUGGACCCUGCUCUGCAGCUAGGAGAAGGCUCCUAUUAUUUAACCACCACCUACGGGGUCCUGGAGCAUAUCAAGAACUAUGACAAAAUCACAGUGACACGGCAGCUGAGCGUGGAGGUUCAGGACUCCAUCCACCGCUGGGAGCGACGGAGAACGCUGAACAAGGCCCGGGCUUCCCGCUCCUCAGUGCAGGAUUUCAUCUGUAUCUCCUUUCUGGAUGUCAGUGGUCAAUCAAGGACACUUGCUUCCCGUCGCGACACCACAGCUGAGCAGCUGAGCCAGCAGUGUGCCGAGAAGUUUGAAGUGCCCCAUCCCAAGGACUAUGGACUCUUUGUUUAUGUUGAUGACCAGUGGCUGCAGCUAGACAAAGAUGCCCUUCCUCACCAUAUCAAAGCCUCCCUGCUGAAGAGUGAAACCAAGAAAGAUUUCCAUUUUAUUUAUAAACCAAUAGACCAUAAAACCCCACCAGUUCCGAUUGUCAAAGAGUCAGACUUUUCCUAAGGGCCAUGCUGCUUUUCUUCUGUCUUUGCCGUCAUCCUGGAGGAGCUGGAUAACUUACCUUGUGAGAUCCUCUGGUAGCUGCAGACCUCAGAAGUUCUCUGGAGUGUGGCCUUCAACAUAGGGCAGAUGGGCUAAUUGCAGAUGGUUGUCUAAACACUUAACAUUUCUCAGUAGAGGUCAUUUGCUGAAGUAAAAGGAGCAUUCAGGAGAACAUUCAUCCUCUGGAAAACUUGAAGUAUCAAUCCUCAGAACCUCUCAGCUGCAACCAGCCAACACUGCAGAAUGUAAAUGAACAGUAGAGAAAAUCCAGAGAUCUUGCAAAAAGGUGGACAUUUACUUUAUAAAAAAUGAUGGCAGGUGUGAAUCACGUCUGUGCACAAGGUCUUUGAAAGGCCUGCACACACCUCAAUCUGUUUGGAGGUAAGACUAUGUUUGUGCCUUAUGGUAUCUGUUCACCCAGUUUGAAUAAACUGGGUCUUGUCUGAUGUAUUCAGUGGCACAGUGUUGCCACCUGUAGCAGAACUCCAUCUCUGUCUUGAUGUCAACAAUAUUCUUUGCUUUUGAAAUCCACACAACUACAAACAGUGCAAGAUGAUCCAGUACUUUCACUAAGAGUAUGUUUUUUGCCUUCUAUCUAUUUAUCACUCAAAUCGAGUAGCAUAGGCAUUUUCAUCAAUGUAUUUUUCCUAAAGAUUGAAAGUCUUCACCAUCAGUUUUACAUGUACAGCAGUUUUAUUCACAUUGGAUGUUUGAUAGUGUCUGGUUAAUUGUAUAUUUAUUUCAAUGUGUGAUAUGGUGCAAUUAUUUUAAAAUAAGCCUUUGUAAAAAAUUUAAUAAUUUACAGAGUGUAUCAAACCAGAUUAAAAUUUGAAAGUAAAAAGAAGUUAGAAUUAAAUACCAAUCCCUUUUUAUAUGGCUGUCAUUUUCACAAAUGUUAUCCUAGCUGUAAUUCCCACCAGAUUAUUACUUUAAUAAAUUCAGGCUG